AGAUCGAUUUCACCACCGGCCUCGUCUGAUCUGGCAGGUCGCAAAUCGUUUCCUGAAUCUGACUCCUCCCCUCCCUCCAAUUCCGGUUCCAACGCUGAGAUUUUGCAGGGCGCGAGAGGUCAUCCGACGACGCAGCGGGGAUGUCUAAUAAGCGCCGGGGACAUGAUGACCAACGUCAACAUGCCGGCGGCGGCAGUGAAAAAAGGCCGCGGCGGCUCAAGCAUCUGUACCUUGUGUUGGAUGACUGGGCCAAGGGGUACAGCAUCCACAAGAUCCAAGCCGACAGCUUCGACUCUGGCUCUGACUCUGAUGACCAGCACAGCGGCGCUGCCCGGCACCUCCCGGAGCCUCCGGCCCUGCGGUUAGAGUGCCCGGUUGGCCCUGUGCCUCAUUCCGGCAUGUCGUUCUCUGCCUUGGGCACCAAGAUCUUUACCUUCAUGAACCAGCGAUGCAGCCUCAUCUACGACCCCAAGACGGCCGCUCUGGCGAUUGGCGCCCAUGCCCCUGCUGACAUGGUCUGUGGCUUCGGCAUCACCGUGGUUGUUGGUGAGAUGCUCUAUGCAUUAUCUUGCCACUUUCGCGAGAAACAACACUCCUUUGGGGUCAUGUCAUGGGGGUCCACCACGUCGGAUGCGCUGCAACAACCAACCGAGGGCUGGUCCUGGAAGACUCUGCCGCCACCACCGCCAACGUUCCACCGCCGCGUCAACUCCUAUGCGCUACACCCGGAUGGAUGCACCAUCUUCAUGACAACGGCUAACGACAAAGGUCGCCUCGGCACCUACUCAUUCAACACCAAGGAUUCUGUGUGGGGAUGGCAUGGGGAAUGGGCCUUGCCAUUCAUCGGCCAAGCUAACUUUGACAGCGAGCUCAACGCUUGGGUUGGCCUUCAGCGGGAUGGCUACAUCUCUGCUUGCCAAGUUGCCUCCCCAGCUACCACAUUACGACUCCAACGCUCCAGCUGGACUGCCAGACAACCAAGGAGAAGUUGUUCUACAAGGACCGGCAGAGGCACAUGGGAGCCUCUCAGCUAUUUGGGCACGAACAAAUUCUGCCGCGUCCAGUGCGUGGAACGGGAGGGAGUGGAGGAGGGGCUGGCUCUGGGAGACCACGAUGACUAUGUGCUCCUCCACAUCACCAUAUUUGGCCUCAAGUACAAUCACAAGGGAGAGCUGCAGAUCGCAGAUCAACGCUCCACGCGCUCCUUCAUAGUAUCGGUAUAA